AUGGCUCGGUACGAUAACGGCCGCAUUCUGCUUUUUGUGCACAUGCGCAACCUCUUGUCGUGUCCGAGUGCUACAAAGUCGUCGCCGACCGAGAUUAAACGCUUGUUAGGCGUGGCGACGCAAGCUGUGCGAGCGUUCACAUCGCUUGAGCGCCCGGUCAACCAUUGGGACGACUGGUUGGUGCACCUGCUAGCCAGCAAGCUGGACGCGCAGACGAGGCUGCUGUGGGAAACGUCGUUGACGGACCCGCGUGCGUAUCCGACGUUAAAGCAGCUGCGAGACUUCUUGGAGAACCGCAUCCGGGCCUUGGAGGCGGCUGCCCCAGAGGCGGCACUUUCGCGCGCCGCGCCUGCGCCCGCGUCAACUUCCAGGCCCGCCAAAAGCUCUCGCGUAUCAGCCAAUACAGCCUCUACAACGAAGUCAAGGUCAACAGGAAAGUGUCUUCUCUGCCAGGACACUCACUCUCUCUCAUACUGCGGUAAGUUUAAGGCCUUGUCCGUCGCGCAAAGAGGCGAACAGGCAAAAAGGCUGGGCGUGUGCCACAAUUGUCUACGCUCCGGGCACCAAACAGAUGUAUGCCCGGGGUCUGGCCGCUGCUUGGUGUGCGGUGGCAAGCAUCACUCCGUUCUCCACGGACUCAAGCCUCAGACCGCGACAACUCCGAACGUUGCGGCGGAGAUGGAGGCCACGCCCUCCACUAGUGCCAGAGCUUUGAGUGCGAGUGUCUCGUCGCUCGUCGCGAGCCCGAGGAGUACCAUGCUACUCGCAACGGCUCAGGUGAUCCUCCAAAGCGAGUCCGGGCAUUCGAUUCGAGUCAGGGCCCUACUGGAUUCCGGGUCCGAAGCCACCUUCGUGACGGAGCGGGCGGCUCAGGAACUGCGCGCAAGGCGCAAACGCGUGGACGUCUCCGUUGCAGGAUUACAGGGCACAAAGACGGGGACCGCUACGUCCUCAGUCAGGGUGGCGAUCUCCUCCCCGAUCAAUUCAGCUUUCCGUCUUGAGACCGAGGCUCUCGUGCUUCGGAACCUGACCAACAUGCUACCCGCGCGGAGCGUGACAUCGUCGGGGUGGCCGCACCUCAAAGGACUGCAACUGGCCGACGAGCAAUUCGACGUUCCGGCCAAGGUCGACGUUAUUCUAGGUGCGGAUGUCUAUGGCCGGGCACUAGAACCUGCGAUAUGCCGAGGGCCUGCUGGCUCACCUACGGCCCAGCUCACUGCCUUCGGUUGGGUGCUGACGGGGGCUCUUGCCUCGGAUGGCGACGCGACCACUUCUUAUCGCAUCGCAGUGCACCACGCACAGGCGGGGGAGGGGCUCUCGGAUGCCAUUCAACGUUUUUGGGAGAUGGAGGAGGUCCACCUCCCGCGGGUCCUGUCCCCUGACGAAGCCUGGGUAGAGGAACAUUUCCGGGACACGCACUCGCGAGACACCUCGGGUCGAUAUGUUGUCCGUCUCCCGCGGAAACAAGGCGAAGACGCCUCUCUUGGCGCUUCGCGACGAGCUGUUCUUACUAUGUGGCAGGGCUCGGAACGCCGUCUCGAGAAACAGCCGGAGCUACGUAGGCGCUACAACGCCUUCAUGGUGGAGUAUCUGGCCCUCGGCCACAUGGAUCCGGUGGGCGCUGAAGAUUCAGUCCCGCGGGAUUCGUGCUAUUUGCCGCAUCAUGGCGUCUUCAAGUCGGGAGAUGACUCUGGCAAAAUCCGAGUUGUCUUCAACGCGUCAUUCCGCACCUCUUCAGGUUGUUCCCUGAAUGACUGCUUGCUUCCGGGCCCGAAGCUGCAGACCGACCUAUGGCUGAUCUUGACUAGGUGGCGCCUCUUCCGAAUCGGGUUCAUGACCGACAUUGUCAAAAUGUUUCGGCAGAUCCGGAUCCAUCCGGAGGACGCGGACUUGCAACGCAUCGUGUGGCGCGCGGACGCGUCGGAGCAGGUCCGCGACUAUCGCCUCACAACCGUGACAUACGGGACAUCCCCAGCGCCUUUCUUGGCGCUGAGAACGCUCCAGCAGCUGGCCCACGAUGAAGCGGCCCGCUUUCCGCUGGGAACCGCGACCAUCACACGGCACUCGUACGUAGACGACAUCCUGGCCGGCGAGGACUCUCCGGAGCAGGCCCGUGAGGUGCAGACCCAGCUCGUGGAGCUCUUGCGCGCGGGUGGCUUUGCGCUAAGCAAAUGGGCUUCCAGCUGGCCGGACCUAUGUCCGCGGAUGGAGCAGGAGGAGAGACUCUUGCCCCCGAGCGAGGUGGUCGGGGCUUUGGGAGUCAGUUGGGACCCCCAGACGGAUGUCUUGGCGCUGAGGGUGACUCCACUGGGAGGACACGCUGACAUGCGCACUUGGACCAAGCGAAUGGCACUAUCCGAUGUGGCCCGACUGUUCGACCCGUUGGGAUGGGCUGCGCCGGUGCUCGUGUAUGCGAAGGUCUUCAUCCAGGACUUGUGGCUGACCGGGUGUCAAUGGGAUGACCCCCUGCCGCCGGAACUGUCACACUCGUGGCAGAGCUUCCGGACCUCGCUGGGGCGGCUGAACGAGGUGCGCCUUCCUAGGUGGGUCCACUUUGGAGCAGACAAUGCGAGAGUUGAGCUGCACGGGUUCUCAGACGCCUCCGAGAGGGCGUAUGCGGCAGUCGUUUACCUGCGGACCGUCGACAACCAAGAGCGGGUAGCGACGCACUUACUCAUGGCUCGUACCAAGGUGGCCCCCGUGAAGACGCAGAGCGUACCAAGGCUGGAGCUGUGUGGAGCGGUGCUCCUGGCUAAACUCUUGGAUCGAGUCGUGAAGGGCCUUAACAUGGAGAACUGUCCAGUUUACGCGUGGACGGACGCGCAGGUGGUGCUGGCCUGGCUCCGAUCUCACGCCUCCCGGUGGAAGCCAUUCGUGGCCCACCGGGUGGCGGAGAUCCAAGGGCUCCUACCCGGCGACCACUGGAGCUACGUCCAGACUUCCUCCAACCCUGCGGACCUUGCUACUCGUGGCAUCGACCCGUUCCUGCACAACGCUCGGAGGCUGGAGCCCGCUCGGAGUGGUUUCCUGACUUCCUCCGAACUACACCGGAGUCGGCUGACUUGGAUAAAGCAGGCUCAACAAGAGGCGUUCCCGGACGUGCUGAUGGCGCUGAAAACUGGGCGCGCGAUCUCCGUCCGGUCACCGUUGCGCGGACUUCACCCGACGCUGGACGAGGAGGAUCUUCUUCGAGUGGGAGGCAGACUCCAGUCCGCACUACUUCCUUUCAGUGAGCGGCAUCCUUUGCUCCUGCCAAAGGAUGGGCACUUCACCUUGUUGGUGAUCCGCCAUGCUCACCACGCCACUCUCCAUGGGGGACCGCAGCUUAUGCGGGGCUAUCUGCUGCGCCAUUACUGGAUUCCAGGGGGUGCCUCUCGGAUUCGCCAAGUAGCGCAUCAAUGCGUGCGCUGCGCCCGCUUCAAGGCGAACCUUGGCCAGCAACGCAUGGGUCGACUGCCGGCGGAGAGAGUGCAGCCGGCGCGACCAUUUCUUUCCUCCGGUGUGGACUAUGCCGGUCCAUUGCGCAUCCGGGCCUCCAAGGGGCGCGGCCACGCGACUUUUAAAGGCUAUAUUUGCCUUUUUGUCUGCCUUGUAACAAAGGCCGUCCACCUGGAGGCAGUCUCGGACUUAUCUACUGCCUCUUUCAUUGCAGCCUUUAAGCGAUUCACCAGCCGACGAGGUCGCUGCACGCUGUUGCUAAGCGACAACGGCACAAACUUCCGCGGAGCGGACGCGGAGCUGAGAGGGAUGUUCCAAACGGCCUCAUCGUUCUCUAACGAGGUGGGCGCUCUUCUGGCCAAUGACGGGACCACCUGGCGUUUUAUCCCGCCACACGCGCCGCACUUCGGCGGCCUCUGGGAGGCGGGUGUCCGGUCCGUCAAGCACCACCUACGCCGCCUCUUGGGCGACCAGGUCUUGACGUACGAGGAGCUCGCGACCCUGUUGUGCCAGAUCGAGGGUUGUCUCAACUCGAGGCCCCUGGGUCCACUGAGCCAGGAUCCAUCCGACCUGGUGGCGCUAACUCCGGGCCACUUCUUGGUGGGGGAACCGCUGACGAACUUGCCAGAGCCGGUUAUUACGGAUCCACCAGCAACGUUAACCAAUCGUUGGCGACUGGUCUCCAGCUUGAGGAGCCACUUUUGGCAGAGAUGGGCGAAGGAAUACCUUCACACGCUCCAGCAAUCGUCAAAAUGGCACCGCCAACGGGCUAACCUCAAGGAGGGAGACCUCGUGCUGGUCAAGGACGAGAUCUUGCCGCCAGCCAAAUGGGCGCUGGGGCGUAUAGUCGAGGUGAUUUCGGGACCGGAUGGCCUUGUCCGGGUAGCUAAAGUGAAGACCGCCAGCACCGUCCUCACUCGGCCAAUCACCAAACUGUGUCUGUUGCCCACUGAAGCGGUAGAGACACCAGUUAACGCCCCGGACACGGACGAGCUCAUACCACAACCGCCUGUUUAA